GUUGUUUCUGGGUAGAUUCUGGGAAGUUUCUGGGUUAUCUCUGGGCUACGGCCAAAGUUUGAUGGACGGCUUAUUCUGCCAUGUUGAGAAUGGACAUGGCUGCCUAGAUGGUCGCUACUUUUACGAGUUUCGUGACGAUUUUGUGGAUCAGACGUAUAAAGCGAGAGCCGCGACGAAAGGUUGGCUCUGGAAGAAGCAGCCUCACGGAACAGAAGAGGCAAAGUCAUAUUCGGGCCGUUGUAGUUGUCUCUAUGUUUGGGUCGCUGCAUCGGUCCUUUAUAUCUGUUGUGGCUCUUUUAUGUUGGCCCUUUUAUGUUGUCCCUUUUAUGUUGUCCCUUUUAUGUUGUCCCUUUUAUGUUGUCCCUUUUAUGUUGUCCCUUCUAUGUUGUCCCUUCUAUUGCGGCCCCGACCUUGGGCCUAUACACUGCGGCCCUGAUAAAAAUAAGAAAAUAAAAUCACCCAAAGGUGGGGUAUCAUUGAAUAUAAAGGAGUCAUAGAAUAAUGACGUGAUUAGAUAUGCUCAAAUAAGUAGAAAUAGAAUUAUUAUACCUGUAAUUAUAUAUUAGAUAUAAGGUAAAACAAUAAAGAAACUUAUUAACAAUAAAGUACAACUAGCAAUAACA